UGACCAGCUUCAGCUGAGGCUUCUGCCCACACAGUGCCUGGGGCUGCCGAAGCUCCAUUUAAGCUCUGGCAUGGCCCUCAACCCUCUUUUUAUGCUCCCUUGUGGUUUUGCUGAGCUGUGGGUCCUGGUGGCCCAUGUACUGAUUUUCUGGCCUGGUUUGUACCAGCCUGGUUUCUGGACUUGGCCUGGGCUCUCUGCACCCUUGGCUGCUCCCUCUUGCCCCAGUGUAUCUCACCUAGGAGCAGUGGGACAGGGCCACAGCCCAUGUGGCUUCUGCCCUGCAGCCUGCUCACCUGACUGGGCUCUCUGUCCCUUGGGAAGCAGCUGGCCUUCGCCACUCCUUGGAUACAGCUUGUUAGAGCCAUGGCUGCUAGGUACUCCGUUUGGCCUUUUGGCAGAUAUAUCUUGCAGAAUCUUUUUUCUCUGUAACUUCUGCUCGUACUGUUGAGUAGACCAGCAAAAACAAAGCACAUGGAUGGAAAUACAGGCUUUCCGGGAAGUCGAUACACACUUUCAGCUGAGCGGUAUUAGAAAAGUAGAACCCGGGUCCUUAGCAGCGCUCUCGCCUCUUGCGCAGCCUAUUUAUCAUAAUGUACAGACUGGGAGGAGCAGCUUGCCUCUGGUGUCCGGGCGCACCUGAAACAGAGCAGCCUGUGAGUUCAGUGGCACGGAGAGGACAGCGCUGAUGUCUCUGCGAGGUCCCAGCGAGCCUCGGCGCUGCUCCCGGCCGGGCGUGCGGCUCUCCCGCCGGUCCCGGGCUCUGCGGGCUGGUUUCAGCAGAGGGCACUCUGUUCCUAACGAUAGAGGAGCCGCCUUCCCGUGCUGGUGAGAAACCUAAACAGAUUGGAAAAGUUUCCAGUGCAACAUAUUUGAACAAACUCUUCAUCGGUUAUGUUUAGUCCGCUGGAGCAUAUUUUUAACUUCAGUGGCAGGGAUCAGAGCCCUUUCUCUACGUGCCGCUCUUAGCGGACUCGACGAAAGCUUGGAACAUCAGUGGAAGCCGUAGCGCAAAGAGCCCCGAGGCAUGAGGAUGGCCAGCCCUAAAGCCACUGGGCAGUCCUGGGGGAUCACUUGGCUUGCUUUUGCUCUCUAUGCUCAUCUACAGGCAAGAGCAGAGCAGUCCCAAGGUGCAUACUUCUUGCCUGAGUUUGCACUUUCUCCACAGGGGAGUUUUCUUGAGGAUACCACAGGGGAGCAGUUCCUCACUUACCGUUAUGAUGACCAGAACUCCAGAACUACCCGUUCAGAUGAAGAUAAGGAUGAUUCCUGGGAUGCCUGGGGGGCCUGGAGUGAUUGCUCACGGACCUGUGGAGGGGGAGCCUCCUACUCUCUGAGGAGAUGCUUGAAUGGCAGGAACUGUGAAGGUCGGAAUAUUCGAUACAAAACCUGCAGUAGUAACGACUGUCCUUCAGAUGUUGGUGACUUUAGAGCACAACAAUGUUCUGCCUACAACGAUGUCAAAUACCAGGGACACUUCUACGAGUGGAUCCCUGUGUAUAAUGAUCCUACUGCACCUUGUGCCCUGAAAUGUCAAGCUCUGGGAAAGAACUUGGUUGUGGAGCUUGCCCCAAAAGUGCUAGAUGGCACUCGAUGCAAUACUGAAUCCUUGGAUAUGUGCAUCAGUGGAAUUUGCCAGGCAGUAGGCUGUGAUCGACAACUUGGGAGCAAUGCCAAGGAAGACAACUGUGGAAUCUGUGCGGGAGAUGGCUCAACAUGCAGGCUUGUGAGGGGACAAGCUAAGGCACAUGUCUCACCAGAAAAAAUUCAUCUUAAACUGAGCCUCUUACUGGAAGAAAUGAUCUUAUAUGGGGAAGAAACUGUGAUUGCUGUACCACAUGGGAGUCGCAGUGUGAGAAUUACCCUGAAAGGACCCGCACACCUUGUUAUAGAGUCAAAAACACUACAAGGAGAAAAGGGAGAGCACAGUUUCAAUGCUCCUGGAACAUUUGUCAUUGAAAAUUCAACUGUUGAAUUUCAGAAGAGCACAGACAGGGAAAUCAUAAAGAUCCAGGGGCCUCUUGGAGCAGAUUUCAUUAUCAAGACCAGGUACUCUGGAUCAAAAGAGAGUGUGGUUCAGUUCUUCUUCUAUCAACCCAUCAGUCAUCAGUGGAGACAGACAGAGUUCUUCCCCUGCACCGUGACAUGUGGAGGAGGUUAUCAGCUCAAUUCAGCUGAAUGCGUGGACAUUCGUCUGAAGCGUGUUGUUCCUGACCACUACUGUCAUUAUCAUCCAGAGAACAAGAAACCAAAGCCCAAGCUGAAAGAAUGCAACAUGGAUCCCUGCCCUUCUAGUGAUGGAUUUAAAGAAAUCAUGCCCUAUGAUCACUUCCAGCCACUUCCUCGGUGGGAACAUAAUCCAUGGACUGCAUGUUCAGUUUCCUGUGGAGGUGGUAUUCAGAGGAGAAGUUUUGUGUGUGUAGAGGAGACCAUUCAUGGAGAGAUACUGCAAGUGGAGGAAUGGAAAUGCAUGUAUGCCCCAAAGCCUAAAGUCAUUCAGACCUGCAAUCUGUUUGAUUGUCCUAAAUGGGUGGCAAUGGAGUGGUCUCAAUGCACGGUGACCUGCGGCCGGGGGCUGCGCUACCGCGUCGUGCUGUGCAUCGACCACCGCGGGCAGCACGUCGGGGGCUGCAAUCCACAGCUCAAGCUGCACAUAAAAGAGGAGUGCAUCGUGCCAAUACCCUGUUACAAGCCAAAAGAAAAAAGUCCAGUGGAAGCAAAAUUGCCAUGGUUUAAACAGGCCCAUGAAAUGGAAGAGACCAUAACAGUCUCAGAAGAGCCAACGUUUAUUCCUGAGCCCUGGUCUCCAUGCAGUGUCACAUGUGGCAGUGGCAUCCAGGUGCGAGAUGUGAAGUGCCGGAUUCUCCUCACCUUUACCCAGACUGAGGUUGAGCUGCCUGAGGAAGAAUGUGAAGAUGUGAAGCCACCAACAGAACGAGUCUGUCACCAGGUGUCCUGUGACAGUGAUCCUGUCCCCUACACACCAGAAUUUCCUCGUGCUGAAGAUGGCAGUGUGAUUUAUGACUGGGAGUAUAUCGGGUUCACUCCAUGUUCAGCCACAUGUGUUGGAGGCACACAGGAAGCCAUUGCCAUGUGUCUGCACGUGGACACAAAACAAGGUGUCAAUGAAACCCUGUGUGACAAUUCCAAGAGGCCGCCCCCGAUGACUCGGACCUGCAACACGAAGCUCUGCCCGCCGAGGUGGCAGAGCGGCCCCUGGAGCAGCUGCUCGGCGCCCUGCGGGGUGGGGAUCCAGACAAGAGACGUGUCCUGCCAGCAGCCCGGGGAACCUGCUCCUGCUGCCCUCCAGUGCAAAGACCCAAAGCCUCACUCUUUACAGGCCUGUAACCAGGUCGAUUGUCCCCCUGCUUGGCACGCUGAGGAAUGGCAACAGUGUUCACGUACCUGUGGAGGAGGGAUUCAGACCCGCAGAGUGUCCUGUAAGCAGCUGCUGACAGAUGGAAGUUUCCUGAAACACCCUGAUGAUGCCUGCCAGGAACCCAAAUUGCCAACUAGCAAAGCAUGUGCAAAAGUUGAUUGUCCUCCUCAGCUGGUCUUUGGAGAGUGGUCCAAGUGCUCAGUAAGCUGCGGUGUUGGAAUCCAGAGAAGGAAACUUGCCUGCCAAAACCUAACAGCAAAGGGCCAAUAUGUCACAUUAAAUGGAUCGAUGUGUAGUGGUCUGUCUCCUUCACUGCUUGUAAGGUCUUGUCAGAUGAAUGCCUGCAACAAGAUCAAGCCCAAGCUUCCAGCAAAGUUCUCUGCCCACGGACCUCAGAUUGUCAGUGUUCACCGAGUUUAUAUUCAGACAAGGCCAGAGAAGCGCAUUAAUUUUACCAUAGGAAGCCGAGCCUACUUACUCCCAAAAACAUCUGUGGUAAUUAAGUGCCCUGUGCGAAGGUUCCAGAAGUCCCUUAUCCGUUGGGAGAAAGAUGGACAGCACUUAAAAAACUCCAAAAGGCUUGGCAUCACUAAGUCAGGCUCGCUGAAAAUCCACUGUCUCGAGGCGACGGACAUCGGCGCGUACCGGUGCAUCGCAGGCCCUGUGCACGAGACCUUUGUGCUCAAACUCAUCGGGACUGACAACAGGCUCAUCGAGCCCCCGCCCCUCCGAAAGCAGCCCAGCCAGGCCAGCAACCCAGACCACAACGAGGCCAGCAGCCUCGGGGCCAAAUGGCACAAGAUGAGCAAAAUGUGGCAGAUGUGGAGCAAGAAGAGCGAGCUCUACCUGGGUGACAGGCAAGUAAAUGAUGAGCCAUUCCUGCGGAACCUCGGAAGCUUUGGGAGCAACUCAGCAGAAGACUUCAGCUCUCGUGAGUUCAGUAACAAGCGGCUGGAGGCUGCAGUCCUCCAGGGCGCCUACAGCAUGGACACUGCGCAGUUCGAGGAGCUCAUAAGGAACAUGAGCCAGCUCAUUGAAACUGGAGAAGUCAGCGAUGACUUGGCGUCCCAGCUCAUCUACCAGUUGAUUGCUGAAUUAUCCAGGCCUCCGCAACCAACUACUGAAAAAUGGAAGGGGGCCCAGGAUGAGAAAGUUGCCUCAAAACUCACAGGCAAAUCGCCAAAUGAAUCUGAACAUUUCAGCACAAAAACGGUUGAUAAGUUAAUGUUUGACCAGAAGGUUCCAGUUAUUAUGAGGCAAAAGGAAAUUCCUCAAGUUUCCUUCAACAAAACAGUAACUGUACGGAUUGGAAAUACGGUUUUUCUGACCAAGAAUACUCAUGCUGUCAAUCUACUGUGUGAAACAGCUGGUAUUAGUGAAGUGAAAUAUACUUGGACAAAAGAUGGCGAGACAUUAAAAGCCUCUGCGAAGGUGAUCCUGGACACCACUGGGAAAGUGCAGAUUCGGAAUCCUACUCAAAAGGAGCUUGGUACCUAUGGAUGCCUGGUUGUUAAUGACUCUGGUUUUGAUAUGGAAACAUCACUGCUGUUGCGUGCAGAGGUGCCUGUCAUCUUGUCCUCUGUGUUAAAUAUGACAAAUCUGGAAGCCAGCAGUUUCUCAGCAGUUGUUGGAGGUACAGUUGUGGCAAGAAUCGGAGGAAACGUUUUGAUUGAAUGUCCAGUGAAAGGUGUUCCCAAACCAAAUGUAACAUGGUUGAAGAAGAAGGAUGUUUUACAAGUCAAUUCCUUCUUGGUUUCGAAUGGCUCUUUAUUUCUGAGGAAUGUUUCCUACGGAGAUGCAGGAACAUACACUUGCAGAGCAACCAAUGCUCUUGGAAAAGCUGAGGCUGCAUCUGUUCUCCAUGUAACUGAACAAAGACUUACAGAGAAUAACACUCGUCUAUUGAAGGGAAACAGAAAAAAGCGUGUCCUGAUGGCAUCUGGGAUUGGUACAAAUGUCAGUGUGGUACCUGGCGAUCCACUAAGAAUAGGUUGCCCAGUGCUGCCCAGUCACAGAAAUACAGUCCAGUGGCUCUUUGGUGAUAGUCCAGUUGAGGAAGUUAAGACCUUGGAAUACCGAACCCUGGUUGGGGGUCGUAUCCUAGAGGUGAACACCAGCUCUGGUCAAUUUGCUGGACAAUUCCAAUGUCGGACUUCAGCUAGUGCAAGACUAAUGUCAGUUUGGGUAAAUGUCAAGAAGGAAGAUUACACCUGGGAAUAUGCUGAGUGGAGUCCUUGCUCGGCCACCUGUGGGCAUUCAGGAACCCGCUCCAGGAGCCUACAGUGCACCAACACAGAGAAACAGAAAGUAAAUGAGUCACAAUGCAGAGAGCUGCAAAAGCCAGCGAUUGUUUACCAGCCCUGCAACAGAGAGGACUGCCCUCCCAGGUGGGCAGCUGGGCCGUGGUCUGAGUGCUCUGCAUCUUGUGGCAGUGGAUUUCGCCAUCGACAGCUGUGGUGUCACCAAGCCAAAGCCAACGGCAGCGCGCUGGCCCUGCUGCCAGGAGCCUGCACACACCGGGACCGGCCCGUGGCGAGGAAACCCUGCACAGGGCACGCCUGCCCAGUGGGGCCAGCACAGGCAAAAACACCGUGUUCUGGUCGCUGUGUAGGCCGCCCUGCAGGUUCCCAGCACCAUCAGUUUCUAUGUCGGCUUCAGAAUGGAUCUUCAGUGCCAAACUCUUCUUGUGAUGAAAGAAAAAGCCCUCCUGCCAGAAGGAACUGUUCUUCAGAGGUGUGUGAUGUGUACUGGAGGACAGGCCCCUGGAGGCCCUGCAGUGUUGGCUGUGGGAGUGGGUUCCAGUCCAGACGAGUGUCCUGCGUGCACAGGCAGAGCAACAAACCCGCGGCUGAGCAGUUCUGCAGAGGGAGGAAGAGACCAGUGACCUGGCAACACUGCAAUGUCACAUCCUGUGGCAAAGGCGAAUGCAAGGAUACAACUCACUACUGUACAUUUGUAAAGCAGCUAAAGUUAUGCUUAAUAGACACCUACAAAGAAAGAUGUUGCCAAUCAUGUCAAGAAAUGUAAGUCCUCUAUGGCAAGUUCAUGAUGCUGCAGUGAAGAGAUGAGAAGAGGUUCAUUAAACUAAACUGCUUGAAGUAUAUUCUUGUAAAUGAGACAUUAGUUGUAACAGUUAAAUGGCAACAUGGGGCUAAUGAAAACACAGAACUGUGGAUUGAUGUGCUGGAUAAGGUGUUGUUUCUGGGAGCUUUCAUUUUUCAUUCUUUGCAGUGGAACUUCUAGUGUUUUAAACGUGUCUGGAUUAGCAAGAUAAUAUCAUGGCAUAUCAUCUGUAAAAUUUUGCAGGCCAUAAUUUAUAAUUUUAUCAGUGACAAAAGAUUACCUAAAAGCUGCAGUGGUUACUGUCCUUAACUUAUGAGGAAGAGUCAUGAAAAUACUUCUAAAGAUUUUUGAAAUGCAGCAACUAUUGACUCCCAGGAUUUUGGUUUGUUUUUUUUUUUCAUUAUAUUUAACACAAUUUUUAAAUUUAUAGAAGCUGUGGCUUAUAGCUGUAAAAUUUUGGCAGCAGCUUCAUUUUCGUAAACAGCUUGAGCUUAAGGGUUGAUCUCACAGGAUAUGUUUUACGGAUACUAGCCCUCACAUGGAUACACAGAAGUACAUCGAAUUUUUCCUGCUUGUAUUUCUGUGCAUGCAGUAAGAAACUAUAGAUCCUUGUACAAUUUUCAAAGGAGCAACAGAUCUCUUUUGAAUAAAUGAGGUGCCAUUUUUAAUUGUUUCUAUUCUAAUUCCAGUCUCUGAAGUACAAUCGAAGUUCUGGUAUGAUUAUGCUUUUGUACUGAUAUUAAAUGAAGCUUCCUUGUCAGAGCUGUGAACAAACACUUGUGAGGACUGUUCUCUUGCACAUCAAGGCAAAUGAGGAGCCAGUAACUUGCCAAAAUAGCUGUCUAUUGAAUAAUAGAAUAAUCAUUCCAUUUUUCUCCAUUAAUGGGGAAAAAUGUCCAAGAAAGAAUUAUUAAUUAAUAGAAGAUAGACAAGUGCAAGAAAUCUAUUUUGAGCAUUUUUCCAUCACAACCAUUAACCAUCUGAGUCAUUUGCAAGUUGAUAAAUUCUUACCAUGGUAUUUCACCUGGGUAAAUUAUCUUGCGUACUGCAGAUUGUCUGACUAGGGCUUUAAGCAGAGAGGACCCCACAGGAGGCAGAAAAUAGAUGUUUUAUCCUUUUGUAGUUUCCAAACUACUGCUCAUACUGGAGGCCUGAAUGCUUACUUUGACUUGGCUCUUGUGUUCCGUCUGUGAUGGGCAGAGGGCUGGGAGUGCUGUGGGGGCAGUUCAGACACAGUGUCCUGCACAGAGGGUUUGCAUCACUGAGAAUUAGAGUAGCACUACUGUAUAGAAAGCAUUUAGGAUGGACUAUUGUGUCCAAGGCUGACUGCAAGGAGAGGAUAUUCCUGAUCAUUACCUUUUUAAUCAGCAAUGGGUCUUGAUUGUUUAAGCAGUUUUUUUUAAAUUAAACAUUUGUAAGAUACUUUUGUAGAUAUUUAUUGUCUGAUUUAAAAGUGCAAUAUUUUUUCUUGUACAGUGUUUAAUAAAGAUUUUUGGACAUAUAUUUUUUCUUAUUACCAAAAUUUCUUAUACAUGUUUUCCCUUUAUAUUUAAAGUUUUCAAAUGUUAACACAUAGCAUUUUUUGUUGCGUUAACUUUGGCUAAGUAUGCAUGCUGUACUGAAGCAGUGCUGUAAAUGUUUGUGAUUACAAUUGGCAUGACAUUCCUCUGUAGAUUAUUUUAUUGCUUCUCCAGUAACUGAAGAUUUUAGCUUCUUGAAUGUAGUUUUGAUAUUUCUGAAAUAAAGUAUAGUUUGAUUAUUCAA